UGCCCAAACCUCAUCUUAUCAGUUUCCCGCCCGCAACGUGUGGUACCCAUCCCACCCAUCCCCACUUUUAUCCAAGCCGCCGGCCUCCGAUCCCUCCACCCCCAUCGUCCGCCCGUACGCCGUCCGUCCCACUCCCAUCUCGCGGCCGCUAUUACUACCAGCAGAUUGACGACACCGAUCGACCGAUCGAUCGUACUACGUGCAGAGAGCUUAGCUAGCUGCGACGCACGCACGGUUUGUACAAGGUACAGUAUAGUAUGACACCGACCGUCGCGACCACCACCCCGGCCGCCGCGGCGGCGACGACGGCGGCGGCGGCCGAGGUGAAGCCGGCGAAGCGCUCCGUCGGCCUCGGCCUCCCCGCGCUUCCGCCAUUAUUGCCCGGCCUCGCCUCCCACGGCCAGCCCCGUGUCGCGUCCUUCUGCAAGAGGCUGGCGAGGAACGUGGUGGCCAUGGCGGCGGGGGAGGCGCCGGCGGCGCCGCUCGCCGCCAACGCGGAGAUCACCGAGUUCAUCAACGCCCUCAAACAAGAGUGGGACAGGAUUGAGGACAAGUACGCGGUGACGACGCUGGCGGUCGCUGCGUCGCUCGGGAUGUGGAGCGCCGGCGGAGUUGUAUCGGCAAUUGACAGGCUUCCUAUCGUUCCUGGUCUCAUGGAAGCUGUUGGCAUUGGCUACAGCGGGUGGUUUGCAUACCGGAACCUGCUGUUCAAGCCUGACAGGGAAGCUUUCUUUGCAAAGGUUAGGGAGGUCUACGAGGAUAUAAUCAGCGGUUAACAGAGAUACUACUUAUAUACAACUUCAGUUCAAGGGAGGCUGCUACUGGAUUAAUUAUCUGUACUGUAUCACAGCAUAGCAUCUAAUUUAAUUGCUCUUACUCAAUGUAUGUCUAUAUAAGUUGGACAUUACUGCUAAAUAACAUUUUUCAGAAUGUUUACUCAGAGUUGAAAUUC